AUGAUUGGCCCUUUACCAACUGCGCUAGGAGGAUUCAACCGAGUUCUGGUGGCUAUCGACAAGUUCACCAAGUGGAUCGAGGUCAAGCCUGUUACAUGCCCUAAAGCCAACAGAGUACUCGACUUCUUGGAUGAGAUCGUGCAUCGCUACGGGUUCCCCAACCGCAUCAUCACAGACCUGGGUUCCAAUUUCAACAACCACCAAUUCUGGGAGUACUGCGAGAACAACGGGAUCGAUGUCCGGUACGUCUCCGUCGCACACCCACGUGCCAACGGCCAAGUGGAACGCGCCAACGGAAUGGUACUCGACGCCCUCAAGAAACGCAUGUACGAUGCUGCAAACACCAAAGGAGGCAAAGUGGAUCAAGGAACUACUCAAUGCUCUCUGGGGGCUGCGUACUCAGCCUACAAAGCUCACCGAACAGUCGCCCUACUUCGUGGUCUACGGCUCACCGAACAGUCGCCCUACUUCGUGGUCUACGGCUCCGAAGCUAUCCUGCCUGCUGAUGUGAUGUGGCAAUCCUCGGCAGUCGAACAAUAUGAGGAAGGUGUGGCAGAAGACAACAGGCGGGUCGACAUCGACAGCCUCAAAGAAGCUCGCUGCGCCGCCCUCGUCCAAUCAGCCAAAUACCUCGAGGGUAUCCGGCGUUACCACGAUCGCAACGUCAAGGAACACUCCUUCAACGCAACGUCAAGGAACACUCCUUCAACGUGGGUGAUCUCGUCCUCCGUCGUAUCCAGAAUACGGCAGGACUACACAAGCUCAGCUCGCCAUGGGAAGGUCCUUUCUCCGUCAAUACAGUCACUGGUCUAG